GAGUCUUCUGAUAUGUUUAUUCACUUUGUGAUCAGUGGCCUAAAUCGGACGUUGGUUGCCUGCUCAUUCUAAAUCUUCAUUAAAAAUGCCGCCUAAAAAGAAAAAGGGGAAGAAGAGCGGAAAAAGAAAGAAAAGUGGUAAGAAGAGUGCGAAGGGAGUCAUACCACCAAUGACAGAAAUAAUAUCGGAGUUAACAAAGGAGUUUUAUUUGAUACAAAUUCGGGACUUGGAGUCAAGACUUGUCAGGUAUCAGAGGAAAUGUGACGAACUGGAGCUUCAAAAUGUUGAGUUUAAAGAAAAUUUUGAUCAACAUGCUACGGAUAAGAAAGAAAUUGUAUCUUUCCUGAAAAAGCAGUUAGAGCAAAGAGCAGAUGAGAUUGCAGAUUUGCAAGAAAGAUUGAUAGGGUUACAACAAGCAAAAGACACGGAGAAAGACCAUUACGAAGUGCAGCUUGCGACUUUGAGAACUGAGAUGCAGGAGAUUAAAGAUCAAUUAACGUCAGAGAAUAUGGUCCUAGGGGGAAAACUUGCAUCUUUAGAAGAAUUUAGGGUGCAAAAAGAAGAACUUCUUGCAAAAUUUGCUAAAUUACAGGAACAGCUUGUCGAGCAAGAAGAUUCUCACAAAGAUCAAAUUUAUAAUCUUGAAAAAAAAGCUGUUGUAGAUAAAGACAGACUGAAAAAGGAAAUGAUUGUAAGGGUAAAUACAGUUGCUUCUGAAUUUCGGAAGGUAUCAAAUAAGCAGAUGGCUGAGACAACAAAAAGAACUCUGAGAGAAAAUGUUGCCAUAAAUGCACAGCUGAGCAAAAUGUCAGACAAAACAAUGGAGCUUAUUCAAGAAAAUGAUGAACUUCGAGAAAAGGAAAAGGAAGAAAGACUACAGACAGAUAUCCUGGAACAUAAAGAAAAAGAGUUGAUACUGAAAAAUGCUAGCAAUUUAAGGGUCAUUCGAAUGCUGACUGAAAAGGCAAAGAAACAAGAGACUCUUUUGAAGGAUUACCGUGCAACUGAGGCAGAGUUCAAGAAACUCAGAGAGGAAUUCAAGGAAGUCAAGGGAAAUCUGACGCUUGUCCAGAAUGAGUGCCAGGAGGAAAAAGCGAAUAAGAAUAAGUUGCAAUCGAUACUUGAAAAGCAGGAGCUGAGUUAUGAGCAGUUGCUAAGAGACCAUGACAAGUUAUCUGCAGCUUUAUCAGUCUGUGCUCAGACCAUAAAAGCAUCUUUGGAGCAUCAACAAAACUCAUCAGAAGGCCUUGCCAAACGAGAAGCAACACUCAGAAGACUGGUUGAAAUUUUAAAUCUCGCUGCAGAGGAGGGCUGUGGUAUAUCAUUUGACGAAGUACCAAUGACUGCAAAUAACAAAGAUGCUUUUGUAUUUGAAAAAAGAAGUUUACCUAAAAUGGUUAGAGGGAAACCAAGCAACGCAACUCAUUAUCGUAUUGGCGAUCUUGGAAUUGUUCCUCCACCACAGCCAACGAGUCGAAAUGAUCGAUACAGUAUAGAGUCUUUAUUGCAAAAGGAGAAAAAGCCAUGCUAUAGAGCCGAUCAAUCGCAGAAGAAACUCGCAUCGAUACCAGCAAUGCCUCUCCCAAAAAUCAAAACAACAACCAAAUUGCCUGCUUUGUAGAUAGACGUUUUUAUUGUGAUGUAAAUUGAAUGUGUGGUACCUAGACAAGUUUUACUUUUUUAUGAUAUAAAGUAUGAUAUUAUUACGGAAUGGUUCUAUCAAAGCUGAUAUUACUGUUGA